UGCAUCAUUUACAUAAGCCACCUGGAUUCUUCUAGCUUGGAGGUCAAACGGCAGUGCCCUCUGUUGUACUGAAGACAUUACUGAAGAAUCGUUCAAAGUGCCACACUGCGACAAUGAUUCAGCUGACGGCUACCCCUGCAAGUGCACUUGUCGAUGAGCCAGUGCAUAUCCGAGCUACAGGCCUGACUCCCUUUCAGAUAGUGCUUCUGCAGGCCUCGCUAGAAGAUGAAAUGGGGAACUUGUUUCAUUCCCAAGCCUACUAUAGGGCCAAUGAAGUUGGUGAGGUGGACCUGGAGCAUGCUUCUUCACUUGGAGGUGAUUAUGUAGGAGUCCACCCCAUGGGUCUCUUCUGGUCCCUGAAACCUGAAAAGAUAUUAACUAGACUGUUGAAAAGAGAUGUGAUGAAUAGCCCCUUCCAGGUUCAACUAAAACUCUAUAAUUCAAAUGUAAUCUUAAUCGACAAUGCCUCCACUGCUCCAAAUGUCAGCCUGACUUUGGAGAGGUGGUACGCAGCACCUGGUGUCACACGAAUCCAAGUCCGAGAAGGCCGCCUUCGGGGAGUCCUCUUUCUCCCUCCAGGAGACGGCUGUUUCCCCGGAGUAAUUGAUUUGUUUGGUGGUUUUGGUGGACUUACUGAAUUCCGGGCCAGUCUCCUGGCCAGUCAUGGCUUUGCUGCCUUGGCCUUGGCUUACCGUGACUAUGAAGACCUGCCUUCCAAACUAGAGAAAGUAGAUUUGGAAUAUUUUGAGGAAGCUGCCAACUUUCUCCUGAGACAUCCUAAGGUCCUUGGUCCAGGCAUUGGGGUAGUCUCCAUAUGCAAAGGAGCAGAGAUUGGACUCUCCAUGGCUAUUCACCUAAAACAAGUCACAGCCACGGUGCUUAUUAAUGGGCCCAACUUCAUUCUUGAAAUUCCACAGGUAUAUCGUGGUCAGAUACAUCAGCCCUUGCCCAUCUCUCCACAAUUACUAUCCAUCAGUGCCUUAGGGUUAUCAGAGUUUCAGCACAUUUUUGAGGCAACUAGAGCUAAGGCCAAUCAGACAUUUUUUCUCCCCAUUGAAAAAGCCCAGGGACAUUUCCUCUUCAUUGUGGGAGAAGAUGAUAAGAAUAUCAACACUAAAGCAUGUGCUAAGCAAGCCACAGAACAGCUGAGGAGAAAUGGGAAGAAGAAUUGGACCCUGUUAUCUUAUCCUGGGGCGGGCCACCUGAUAGAGCCUCCCUAUUCCCCGCUGUGCUGUGCCUCACAGAUCUCCAGUCUUCACCUCUUGGUGCUCUGGGGAGGAGAGGUGAUCCCACAUGCAGCUGCACAGGAACAUUCUUGGAAGGAGAUCCAGAAGUUUCUCAGGAAGCACCUCAUUCCAGUUGUGACCAGUCGACUCUGAGGAAAGUCAACAUUCCUGGAAAAUAGAAAAGCAAUAGGGUGCUUUACCAGACCUUCACUUGAUCUUCACGGAACAAUGUCUUUGAGCUCUUAUUGUAAAAAGAAGUUAUAGCAAGAGAAAGCAGGAGGACUCAGAAUGGUCAUGUCUUGACUUUGGAAAGGGAAAAAUGGUUUCCAUUUAAUCCGAUAUCAUACACUGAGGGUUUGCAUUUUUAGAAAUAAACUUAGAGCUCUACUUUCCUGAAAAUAUUCCAGUCUACAAUUAUAGCAAUUCUCUAGGGAAAAAAAUGACCAAAAAUGAACCACAGACUCCCGUGGUUUGUAAAACAGGCAUGAAUAGAACCAGGUGCUGAUAUUCUUUGAUUUCUUAAAACUCAAAUUAAAUAUGCUUAGAUCUCUCAUAUUUGAAAAUAUGCUCAUGGUUCAUGGUUAGUUCAUUGUUAUUGGAAAACUAGAGCUGGGUAAAAAAAUAUUAUUCUAAGGUAAUAUGGACGCUGAUAUGGUGAUAACAACAUUGAAUCAGUCUGCAGUCAAUAAUUCAACAAAUACUAAUAAAAUAAAGUAAUUUUUGUGUCUAAGUGUACACCAUUUUGAGAGAGGAGCAAUCUGAAAUUAAAGAAUUGCAAUUUGGGAAAGCAGCCAUGAUGGUGUGGAUUGUAUGCCUCUAGAUUAGGGACUGGCAAACUCUUUCUGUAAAGUACCAGAUAGUAAAUGUUUUUGGCUUUGUGGGCCAUAAGGUCUCUGUCACUAUUAUUCAGCUCUGCCAUUUUAGCGCAAAAGCAGCCAUAGAUAGGAUGUAAUGAAUAACUGUGGCUGAAUAAAUAAACUUUAUUUAAGGACACUGAAAUUUGCAUUUAAUAUAAUUUUUACGUGUGAAAAAAUAGUAAUUUUCUUUUUAUUUUUUAUUUAUUCGUUGUUGUUGAGGAAGAUUGGCCCUGAGCUAACAUCUUUUGCCAAUCUUCCUCUUUUUUUUUACUUUUUUCUCCCCAAAGCCCCAAAGUACAUAGUUGUGUAUCCUAGUUGUAGGUCCUUCUAGUCCUUUUAUGUGGGGUGCCACCUGAGUAUGGCUUGGUGAGCAAUGAGUAGGUCCACAGCCAGGAUCUGAACUGGUGAACCCUGGGCUGCCAAAGUGGAACGUGCAAACUUAACUGGCCCCUCUUUUCAUUUUUUUCCAAGCAUUUACAAAUGUAAAAACCAUUUUUAGCCCACGGGCAGCAAAAAAAACAGGCUGUAGGCUGGAUUUGCCUUGCAAGACAUAGUUUGAUGAUCUUGGGUGUAGAGCAACCCAAAUUACCUUGUCCAAGUUCAAAUUUGAGACAUGUUCUCUAAGGGGCAAGUCACAGCCCAAAUAGUCCUGAGCUACUGAAUUGCGAUGGAUGGAAGUGGUAGGUGACUGCUGGAUAAUCAAGGUGAAGAUGAACCAGUAGAAAAGUAUUUUGAAUCAUUUUGUAGGUAUGAUGGGGAGGUGAUGAGGAGUUAGAUUAAUAGAAGUAAUAUAAGGACACUUCAGUUGUAUUUGCCUAAACUCUUUUUCUUUUACCUGCCUUCUGAUAUUCUUUGUUUAGAGUGAAAUCAUUCCACUCGGUGUGAGUGGAGCUGUUAGCCUCUCUUGUCUCUCACUUAUAAGUUUUCACAUUUCCCAGACCUGGCCAAUCAGAAUACCUCACUCCUUUGACUACAAUAAUCAUGUAAUUGCGAUGGCUAAUACCUCCUAUGCUAUAUUCUAUACAAUAGUUAUAUAUGUUAUAUGCUAUAUGCAAUAUGCUGUAUAAUAGUUAUCAUAAUAGGUGUAAUGGGUAUAAUUUUUCUUGUUUCGUGUUCUGGACUUUAGGAAGAAUGCCUCUAUCUAUGAGGUGUGAUGUUGGUGUUUAGCCUGAUAUAUAUCCCUCAAUUUAUAUUUUAUGGAUCUUUCUUUUAAACCGAGAAGGUUUUGGAUUUUUUUCAAGUGUUGUGUCAGCAUCACUAGAAAGGGUUGUAUGGUUUUUCUCUGUAGAUCGAUUUAUAUGAUGAAUUAUUUUUCUAGUAUUGAAUCAUCUUUAUAUUUAUAGAAUAAAACUCACUUGUUCAUGAUGUAUUCUUAAUUAACAUUAAUAAAUAAGAUUGAACGAC